AUGCGUACGCGAGCGUUGUUGGGCACGUCAACGCGGCUUCAGGGUCGAAAAACAUGCGGAGAGUUCGCGUUCGUGGUCCUGUCCCUCUCCCAGCGCCUCGGCGUCUUGCCCGACGAGCUCAACAGGCUUCUCAUCGGAGUCGUGGUGCUCUCGAUGGCGCUCACCCCCGCCCUGUCGGAGCUGGGAGACCUGGCUAGUGAGAAGCUGAUAGAGGCCGCGACCAAGAGCGGCAUGGCGAGCGCGGUGGCGGGCCUCGAGCUCAAGGGCCCGGCCGGGGAGGGGGAAGGGAAGGGGCUCGGCGGGCAGGAGAAGGUGGUUAUCUGCGGUUUCGGGCCCGUUGGACAGAUCGUCGGCAGCUUGCUGAGCACGCCCGUCAUCAAAGACAAGCUGGGAGCGGACUACGUCGCCUUCGACCUCAACCCGAUACGGGUAAGGCAGAGCAUGGAGCAGGGCUUCCCGGUAUUCUACGGGGACGGUACCGAGCCUGAGGUCCUCAAGACGGCGGGAAUGGGGAACCCGAAGGCGAUAGUAGUCACAUACAGCAACAAGGAGGUCAGCAACCAGGCCGUGGAGAGGCUUCACCAGGCCUUCCCCGGAACGCCGAUUUUCGUGCGAGCGACGGAUUACGAGCAGUACCUCUCGCUGCAGGAUUUCGGCGCGACGGCGGUGGUCAGCGAUCUCAGGUGA